AUGGAGGAGAUCAAGCGUAUGUUCGAAUACAUCUUUUCUGAAAAGGAUUCGUCCGACAGCGGAAAGUGCCCUGAAGGUAAGAAAGAACGCUACCGCCAAAAUUAUUGCAGGCAAUUUCCCAAUAAAGAUGAGGUUCGAGCCCAUUCCUUUGUUCCAAAUUCCCCUAUAAACCCUGAGACUGAAUGGCUUGAAACCCCUCAUGAAUACUUUUUCAAGUUAGAUCUUGCCGGAUUGAAAAAGCAUGAAGUAAAAUUGGAGAUUGAUGACUACAAUAAAGUUCUAUGUAUCAGCAGGGAUUUUGGGGCUGAGAGGGAGAAGAUAACCGGUCAUAGGAGUCGUCUGAAACGAGAUAAAGGAACGGUCUACUGGCGUUUGGUGGAUACCGAUAAUGUGAGAGCAGAAAUGGAUAACGGAGUAUUGACCGUCAGCGUGCCUAAAUGUGUCCCAAUGAUGAAAUGCGAGUACAGGAAGCACAAGGCCAGACUUGUCCAAAUCAAGUCCAAAAACUCUGGACACUAA